CAACGAGCUCCCCAUUUCCGGCGCGCGGUGCAGGACGGGAAUGCGAGUAGCGCUAUUGGCCGGCGCUUGCCCCGCUUUUCGGCAAGCAGGAAGCUAUAGCGCCGGCUGAGGAGGCCCGUCGGGGCGGGAGGCUCCUCCGGGACCCGCUUCUGAGUCUGGAUACCUAUUGCUGAUGAAUAUCCUUGCUUACUGUAACCAUUUAUGGCUAUGGACUGUGGAGUUCUUAUUACGACUGAUGAUCUUUCCUAGACAAAUCUAUUAGCCAUGGAAGCUGAAGAGACGAUGGAAUGCAUUCAGGAAUUUCCAGAACAUUACAAAGUAAUGUUGGACAGAUUGAAUGAACAGCGGGAGCAGGAUCAAUUCACAGACAUCACUUUGAUUGUGGAUGGUCACCAUUUUAAAGCCCAUAAAGCUGUUCUUGCUGCCUGUAGCCAGUUUUUCUACAAAUUCUUCCAAGACUUCACUCAGGAGCCUCUAGUAGAGAUAGAAGGUGUAAGUAACAUGGCAUUUCGUCACUUAAUUGAGUUCACAUACACCGCCAAGUUGAUGGUCCAAGGGGAAGAGGAAGCAAGUGAUGUCUGGAAAGCAGCAGAGUAUCUUCAGAUGCUGGAAGCCAUUAAAGCACUUGAAAUCAGGAACAAAGAAAAUUUGUUCCCGCCCGAAUCGGAUCAGGCAGAAGAUAGGAGUAUAGCCAAAAAGAGGAAGAUAGCAGAGACCUCCAACGUUAUUACUGAAACACUGCCCUGCGCAGAAUCUGAGCCUGUUGAAAUUGAGGUGGAGAUUGCAGAAGGGGCUAUUGACGAUGAAGAAAAUAACGUUGAAGCACUUGAGGAGGUAGCUUCUGCUGAACAGUCGAUAAAGUACAUACAAACCACGGGUACAUCAGAUGAGUCUGCUUUGGCCCUCCUGGCAGAUAUUACCAGCAAGUUCCGCCAUGGGGAGAGGAAAAGUGAAAUUCAGGAAGAGUGUGACGAUGGAUCUGAUCCAACGGGCAAACAGGUGGAAGGCAUUGAGAUAAUGGAACUUCAGUUGUCGCACGUCAACAACCUUUUCCACUGUGAAAAGUGCAACCGUACAUUUAAGUUGUUUUACCACUUUAAGGAGCACAUGAAAACGCACUCCACAGAAACUUACAAGUGUGACCUAUGCAACAAAAGGUACCUGCGCGAGAGUGCAUUGAAGCAGCACCUUACCUGUUACCACCUUGAUGAAGGUGGUGCAAACAAGAAACAGAGACCUGGCAAAAAAAUACACGUCUGUCAGUACUGCGAUAAGCAAUUUGACCACUUUGGACAUUUCAAAGAGCACCUUCGGAAACACACAGGUGAAAAACCAUUUGAGUGUCCAAACUGCCGCGAACGUUUUGCUCGAAACAGCACACUCAAAUGCCACCUGACAGCAUGCCAGUCCAGCGCUGGUGCUAAAAAGGGACGGAAGAAACUUUAUGAAUGUCAGGUCUGCAACAGUAUAUUUAACAGCUGGGAUCAAUUCAAGGAUCACUUGGUAAUACACACAGGUGACAAGCCCAACCACUGUACCUUAUGUGACGUGUGGUUUAUGCAAGGCAGUGAACUGCGGAGGCACCUGCAAGAAAUUCAUAACAUCACAGAACGGCUUGUGACCGAGGACAUUCUUCCAGUGGACAGCGACCCAGUGGCGUCCAUGACUAUCAUAGAGCAAGUGGAACAAGUCCAUGUCUUGCCCGUAAUUCAGGUCCAGGUGGAUCCAGCACAAGUGACUGUAGAGCAGGUGCAUCCGGAUUUGAUACAGAAUAAUCAAGUAAAAGGUGAACAAAUAGCGGAGCUACAAGAGCAGGUGGAGAUAAGCUACUUAGAGGUGGAGCACAUUCAGACUGAGCAAAGUGCUGAAGUGCACAUGGAGGAGCUAGACGUGGAGCAUGUGAACCAGUUACAAAUGGAAGAGGUUCAGGCGCAGCUUAUAGAGGAAACUGAUAUAGAGCAAGCAGAAUCGGGACAUGUGGAUCAAGGAGAGCUGGAAGCAAACCCGCCUGUUCAGGCAGAGGAGGUGGAAGCACACACAGCAGAUCAUGAAGAAUCUGAUGAUUUAAAAACUCAGCCAAUAGUGGAUAUGCAAGAGGAAAAGGUGGAGACCUAGGAAAUGUUGACUGCAGUACCUGUGAUU